AUGUCGAACUUAUCUACAAGUCGUACUCGAGGCGAAGAAACUAUUUACAAAACACAAGAGUGGCAAAAUUUAACAACAAAUAAUCAUAAUAUUAUCAAUGGAAAUUCAUCAGAAAAUUAUAUUGAAAAUUUUACUGAUUUAUCUAAUACAGAAAAAAGUCUUGUACUUCGACAAGUUGCACAAAAUUUAAAAACAAAUCCUAUUAGAAAACCAAAUCUUGAUGAUGAUUUUAAUGAAAGAAUUUUGAAUCUAAUUAAGAACAAUGUUUAUGAUGGAAUUUCCCAAUUAGAUAUUACGGACAAUUCUUUACCUAAACAAAAUGAUAAUAUUUUAAAGAAAAUAUAUGAUGAAAUUGUUGAUAUUUUACAUCAAUGGUCUGAUAACAAAUAUAAAUUACAUACAUUUUUCAAUCAUUCAUUACCACAUUCAAUACGUUUUGUUAGUUGGUAUCCAUAUUUAUCGAAUAUUAAACAUCGUGAAAAGUUUCUUAAUGAUUUGGCAACUGAUCCUCGUAUUGUAUUAUCACCAAUGGAUUCUGAAGUUCAACGUAAUUCUGAUCGUCUAAUUGGAAUGUUACCAAGUGCACCUGAUAUGAUCAAUUCUAAAGGAAAUAUGAAUGCAGUGAAAGCAAUACUCUCUUAUCAUCGUUCACUUUUUCCUUACAGACAUGAUUUGUCUAAUGCUGAAUAUUUUUAUGCAAUACCAAUUGUACUUUCACAUAAUACACCUUUAUCAAGUUCUGAAGAAUCCUAUCUAACAUCACUCGCAAUUUUAAUUGAAAUGUAUGAAACAUUUUUGGAAACAAUCCCAUCAAUAUUAUGUAAUAUUUAUUCCAAUAAUUCAACAGAAGAACUUGAACCAUGGUUUUGUUGUCUUACAACUAAUUCCUUAUUAUUUGUUUGGGAUCAAUAUUUGAUUACUCGUGAUAUAUCUGAAUUUCAUAAUGAACUUCUACCAGCCAUUGCAACAGCAAUCAUUAUAGCGUUGAAGGAUUUAUUAAUGAAAUGUAAAAAGACAUCAGAGAUUGAAUUUAUUCUACAAAAUAAACCGACUAUGAUCGAAACACAUCAAUUACAAUCAAUUAUUGCUCAAUUUUUCCUACCGAAUUUAAGAUAUAGAAUAAAUUCUCAACUUUCAAUUGGUCCACACAUUACUAAUCCACAAGAACUUGACGUAAAAAAUAACCCAUUAUAUAAUUUACUUCGUAAAAUAACACAAACAUGCAAUCGAAUUGCACAUGGUGAAGGAGAAAAUAAUUCAAUACUUAAUAUGCAAACAAUAAAUAAUAUACACAUAAAAAAAUUCGAUUUAAAAAUGGCUGAACGAGAAGUUAUUGGAAGAAUAUCAAGUAAAAAUGAAUGUAAUACAUUAACAUUUGAACAACAACAAAGAUAUAAUCCAGCAAUAAUAAAAGUGGUGAAAAAACGGAUUGAUCAACGCUAUCUUAAUGAACUCAAAUGA